AUGGUUUGUAAACUGCACAAAUCCUUGUAUGGUCUUAAGCAAGCUCCUCGAGCUUGGAAUGAGAAAUUUACUGCUUUCUUGCCAUUUAUAGGGUUCAAAGAUACAUGCUCAGACUGCUCAUUAUUUGUCAAGAUAGCAGGUUCUAAUAUUGUGAUAUUGCUUCUGUAUGUGGAUGGUAUUAUCAUUACAGGCAGCAGUCCUGAUGCUAUUCAACAAGUUAUUGACCCUCUCACUUCUGAAUUUGAUCUCAAGGACCUUGGUGAUUUGCAUUACUUUCUGGGAAUUCAGAUUACAAGGACUUCUCAUGGUUUGUUUUUAUCUCAAACAAAAUACAUACAAGAUUUGUUGCAGAAAACUGAGAUGCUUGACUCAAAGUUUUGUGAUACUCCAUGUCUACCCUAUAACAGGUUGCUUAAGGAUGAUGGAGAAUUAUUCAACAAUCUAACUCUAUACAGAAGUGUGAUGGGUGCUCUUCAGUAUCUCACUUUUACACGACCUGAUAUUGCAUUUUUCGUGCAUCAGGUGUGUCAAUUCAUGCAAGAACCUAUGGUCUCUCAUUUUAUUGUAGUCAAUCGUAUCUUACGAUACUUAAAAGGGACAAUGAAGGUUGGUAUGUCUUACUCUAAAGUUGACUUGAAUCUUAUUGCAUACAGUGAUGCAGAUUGGACUGGGGAUCCGAAUGAUAGACGUUUUACCAUUGGCUUUGUGGUCUUUCUGGGAUCAAAUCCAAUCUUUUGGAGUUCAAAGAAAGAACAAACUGUCUCCAGAUCAUCGACAGAGGCCGAGUACAGGGCAUUGUCCACAACUGCUGCAGAAUUGGAUUGGAUCCAACAACUACUAUCUUUUCUGCAAGUUCCCAUAUCAGUUCCUCCCACAUUGUUUUGUGACAAUCUUUAUGCCAUUGCAUUGUCUCUCAAUCCAGUGCAACAUCAGCAAACAAAACACAUAGAAAUGGAUGUUCACUUUGUUCGAGAAAGAAUUGCUAAAAAGAAGCUCCUUGUGCAGUUUGUGAAUUCUAGGGAAUAG